GGUAUUGUGGAAACGUCACCUUCCUUGACCAAGAUUGCUGACAUUAUCAAAGAUCUCAAAAACAACGACCCAGAUAUACUUUAUGUUUGUGAUCCUGUGAUGGGAGACAAUGGAAAAUAUGUAGUUACACUUCGUUUUCAGUACGUCCCUAAAGACCUUCUACCAGUCUACCGAGACGUAAUCGUUCCAUUAGCUAAUGUAUUAACGCCGAACGCUUUUGAGCUAGGAGAGCUGGUUGGAUUUGAAAUAAUUACUGAGGAGGACUGUAUUCGCGGUAUGGAUACCAUUCACGAUCUCGGAGUGAGUAACGUCGUGGUGACAAGUGGAGUUUCAGAAACUGAAGGAGUCGAUACGCUUACCUGCUAUGCAAGCACAAAAGAUGUCACUGGAAACAUACGUCGCUUCCGAUUCCGUUUCCCACGCUUACGAGGACAAUUUGUCGGAACUGGUGACGUGUUCACGUCAUUGCUAAUUGUGUGGUUAUCAAACUGCGAGAAUGAUGUUUGCGAAGCUGUCAGCCAUGUAUUAGGGUCGAUGCAAGGCUUAAUACGGAGAACCAGUAAUUAUGCACAAGCGCAAGUUGAUUCGAACUCAAGGAAAACUUGUGAGUUACGACUUGUCGAAUCACGGAUGGACCUCUUAGUGCCGGAAUCUAUUAUUCACGGUGAACCUUUGUAG